GAGGCACGAAAGCGUGGCCAGCACUGCAAGCACGGUCAGUUCCAGAAGCUACCGGGAAGGCCUCGGCGUGCCGGCGUCUCCUAUGGGCAUGGAUGCUCGAGCUCACGGAGGUCAGCUGGUGUACACUAUCAACGAUCAGCAGGCAGCGCUCCAACUCCAACAGCAACGACGGCAAGCUAAUGCUGUCAAGUCAUCGCGCGGCUUAGAUAGAGGCAACGAGCAGCAGUUGACUCUCUGUGAGCAGCAUCGGAUACCGUUGCAGCUGUCCGAGGCGCCCCAGAGCAGACACCAGCAGCUCUUCCUCGUGUCGCGCUCCCAUCGGGACUACGCGCUGCGGCGUGUGGCGUCUACCGGUUCGACCUUGAACUCCUCCCGCUACAACUAUGGUACAGCCCCGUCGUCACAGCCGACUGACCUGCUCGCUCGCAUGGCGGAGCUCAACCGCGUGGCCGAGUCCACGUACAACACGACGCAGCAGAACGGCGUCUGUCUAUCGCAGCAGCUGCGGGCGAGAAGGAAGGCGUAGCUUAGGGCAUAUCUAUGAAAUCUACUUAGCUGGGUGACUAAGACGCAAAAUAUACAUGGCCACUUUACCGC